AUGGGCGUCAAGAAUGGAGGAGAAACUGAUUGUUGCGGUGAUUUCAAGAUUAUGAAGAAAAGGGAAUUCAAUGGGAAUUCAAAGCUGUUGGCCUCUGAUGCGCUGCUUCUCCCCUUGGGACUCGCCAACAAGUUGUUCUUUCUGGUUUUCUUCGCAUCAUCAUAUUUCCUGAUGAAGAGAUGGAGAGAGAAGAUGGGUACCUCAACGCCUCUCCAUGUUGUCAACUUUGGGGAGCUUGUGGCCAUUGUUGCCCACUUGGCUUCCUUCAUAUAUCUGCUGGGAUUCUUUGGAAUUGAUUAUGUACAAAACUUUAUCAGUGGCAAUGAUGAUUUUGCUGAAAAGGUAGAUCUCAACAUCCCUCCAACAACCUGUGGGAUAGCAGACAAAGAAGAAAUUGUUGUUAAGAAACCUGAGGUCCAGCUCAAGGGAAUUAACCUUGGUGACAAUGAGGAUGGAGACAUUGCAGCUGCUGUAUGUAAUGGCACUGUAGCCUCCUAUUCUCUUGAAUCCUCCCUUGGGGACUGCAAGAGAGCUGCCUCUGUGAGGAGGAGAGCCUUAGAGAUCAUGACCGGGAGAUCCCUUGAUGGGCUGCCCCUGGAGGGAUUUGAUUAUCAGUCCAUUCUUGGACAGUGCUGUGAGAUGCCUGUAGGUUACGUACAAAUUCCUGUGGGUGUAGCAGGACCCUUAGUAGUCAGUGGGUCAGAGUAG